CUACAGUUUUAUAGCUGGUUUACUUUUUCCUUAAUCUCAUUAUCCAUUGGUUCAGUCGUCAUGAUACUAAUUUUAAAGAUUCCUUGGAACAGCGGCUUCUGUGUCUUCAGCAGAACGUCUUCAACAUGCUUAUUUGCUCUCUUUACCGCCUAUAAUAUAAACACACUGAGCUACUGCUAUAUGAUAUCGAGACUGAUUCGAAACCGCGAUAUGGCCAUUUGUGCAGCGCCCAUUUUUUGGAUCGUCCUUUAUUUACCAUUUUCGAUCGGCAUCGAUUUAUUCCCCAAUUACCAUCCGUAUGUUUGUUUAUUUGGCAAUACAGCUCUGGCGCUAGCAUUACAGCAUAUAUUUCAACUUCAAUAUCAUGAAGGCGUUAGUUGGCAUAAUUUCUUUAAAACUCACUGGUCUACGCCACACCAUGCUGUAGGCACCUAUGGCAUCAUAAUAUGUGGCACGAGCAUAAUGCAGUCAUUACUGGGUAUAUGUGCACCGGUUAUUGGUCGCACGUUCUCCAAAUUGAUAAAAGAACUAAAUCCGCGUAAGAAGGAGCGCGUGCGUAUUAGUUCGGAAAAUACCCGCUAUUCGAAAACAAUUAUACUGGAGGUUCGUGCAAAUUUCAAGGCUCCAGCUGUGGAAGUAUUGGCAUUGACAGUGCAAAUUGGUGAGAAAUUUGUGCUCGAUGAAGUUUCAUUCAAUUUAUUUGAGGACGAAAUCACCAUGUUGAUGGGUCAUAACGGUAGUGGUAAAACCACUUUAAUAGAAGUUAUUGCCGGUCUUAAGCGGCCGACUUCUGGUAAAAUAGUUAUUAAAGAGACCACUGGUACUGGUGACUUUGGAAAUUCGCGCGAUUUUGUUGGUGUCUGUUUCAGCGAUUCGCUGCUCUUUCGUAAUUUGUAUGUGGCACAUCAAUUGCUCUUAUUUGGCAAGUUAAAGGGUCUAAAUUCGACUGAUGUCAAAAAAGAGAGCACGAAGUACUUAGAGGCAUUGGAGCUUGACAAAUAUCGCUACACACUCACAGAGAAUCUAACAUGUGGCCAAAGGACCAAGUUAGCGGUGUCGUGUGCGCUUAUUGGUGGCAGUAAGAUCGUGCUGCUGGACGACAUUGUGCUGAAAUUGGAUGUGCGUGACUACAAACUUAUUUGGAAGCUAUUGGAACGUGAGAAAUUCGGACGUGUUAUAUUGGUAUCGACAAAUUUAAGUCGUGAACCGGAGCUACAUGCUGAUAAUAUUAUUAUGAUUGCUCAAGGACGUUUAAAAUGUGCUGGUACUGCUCAGUUUCUAAAGUCCAUGUAUUGCUUUGGAUGUCAUUUGCUCAUAUCGAAAUCUGAGAACUGUAAGUCUGAAGACAUAACCGAACUGCUGAGCACUUUUUUGGAUGAUAUUGUGGUCGCUUGCGAUCUUAUAUUGGAAUUAUCGUAUCACAUCGAAUCCACCGAUGUGGAAAUACUCGAGUCACUACUAAAUGCGCUGGAAAAGGAGAAAGAUAGACUGGGCAUUGUCAACAUAACGAUAAUUGAAACACGCAUUGAGGAACUCUUUUGUAAGCUCGGUGCCGAGCGACCCGCCUAUGAUGAUCGCAAACGCUACUUCAGAAUCUUCAAUGGGCUAAGCAUUACCGAGGGCACUGCCGACGACACGUUGUUCAUGAAAGCGAAUAUAAAACAUAAGAUGAGUGCAUAUGAAAAGUGCUUUACUCACUGGAGUGCCAUGUUUUACAAGUUUGUCAUCAUACAAAAUUCCUAUGCACACUAUUUACCAUUGUUCCUGCUUAUGCCAUUCUUGACCGUCGUACUUUGUAUAAUCGGCAUAGUGCCCGUAAUCGAAAGGAUGCCAGAAAGAGGCUGUGACAUAAGCGAUUACAAGGAUGCCAUAACUCUGAUUAGCUAUCCACAAAAGCCAACCAUAAAAAUGACUUCUUUUGCCGAGACAUUUCACAAAUAUAUGUAUUGGCGUAAUAGCAAUGUUAAAGUCACUUAUAUCAAGAAUCAACUAAUCGGCGAAUAUAUAUUGUCGCUACAACGACAGCAGCCCUACAAUUAUCUGGAUGAAAAGUUAAUACUUGGCUUGUCCAUGACGCAACAGGUGGUGGGUUGGUACAAUGGCUAUUUGCCGGGUGUGCCAUCGCUCGUUCUAAAUCUCAUACACAACGCAUAUCUCUGGCUACUACUAAAUACGACCAAUGCCAAGAUCAAUGUAUCGCUGGAGUUGAUGCCGAUUGAAGAAGAUAUUGAUGUUAAGGAAUUAUCGAAAAUGACAUUCAACAUGGGCAGCAUAAUGGCUUUGCACCUGUCCUUUAUUAUAUGCUACAUAAUAUCCGUGCGUAUAAUUGCCUUGAUUUCGGAGCGUACAAGCGGUUUUGAGGGCCUGCAGCGUUUGGCCGGUAUGAAUGGCUUAAACUAUUGGACAAGCAUGUUUUGCUUUGACAUGGUCAAAACAUUUGUCGUUGUGGCCAGCUUCACCAUUCUAUCGUGGUUCUUAUUAAGCUCAGCUUACUUAACGACGGAUGUCUUACGUUGGGCAUUCUUUUUACUAUUAUCGACAAGCGCUGCCUUAACUUCGACCAACUAUAUACUCAGCUGUUUCUUCUUCAAAAGUAGCUACGGUGGUUUCUUGAAAAUUUCAGCAUUCCAGGCGCUUGGUGCCAUCUUCUAUGUGCUCUUCUCCAGAAGUUUCAAAACUUAUAUCAAAGCAAUAAUGUUUCUACCACGUCUAUUUCCCUUGUAUUCAUUUUGUCGUGGUUUCGAGAACUUGUAUGACUACAAUAUACAAUUGCAAUUGUGCGAGAAUGAGGACAUCAAAUUCGCCGCAGUGUCUUUCGAACAUUGUAAAAUGCAACCAAAUUGCUGUGAAAUGCCGACAAUUUCGGUGCGCGAGGACAUGCUCUACUUAUGGUUAAUUAUCGUUGCCGGCGCGAUUUUUUUACUGAUUUACGAAUACCGUGAUAUCUUUAAGCGCCCCACACCAUUUGACAAUUACGAUCGUGCAUUAGACGAAUACAAACGUCGACACGCUAGCGAUUCUUAUAUGGUAGACAACGUCACAGCCGAAGUCAUACACGUGCAGUCAUUGAGACCGCGUAUGCGUCAUUAUUAUACCGUUAUUUGCGAAAAUUUGGGCUUUUUUCGGAAAAACGAAAUUUUGGUAGAUCGUCUAUCUUUCACUAUUAAACCCGGUGAAAAGUUCGGCAUCAUCGGCACUAACUGUAACUAUACGAAUGCAUUGCUGCGUCUAAUUGCUGGGCAGGAUAAACCAAGUUUUGGACGUGUUUGCAUCAAUGCCGUACAAAUGACGGAAGAGCAUAAUAAAGCACUCGCCCAUAUCGGUUAUGUGCCCACUGUUAGUUGUGUACAUACGCAGAUGACUUGCUAUCAGGUUUUGAAAAUGUUUUGUACACUAUAUGGCUAUCCACGUCAUCAAAUCCAUGAAAUCGUUGAUGAUUUCGCCAGACAUUUCGGCUUACACUCACACUUCCAUACACGUUUGUCACAGUGUAGUUCGGGUAUAAGAGAGCGCAUUUCCUAUUCCAUAGCGAUCUUAAAGAAGCCCGCACUCUUGUGUAUCGGCAAUUUCAGUUGGAGUGUGGAUCCGCAUGGCAGACGUCAACUGUAUCGCCUGAUCGAUGGCUUGCGUAAACGUGGCACGGCCAUAGCGAUUACGUCCGUUAUGAAUUCUUUUACCGAGAUACUCUGCACUAAGAUUGCGGUCAUACAUGAGGGACGUUUUCUGCAUAUCGGCGAACCGCAAAAGAUAGCGCAUGCAAUUGCCGCAGGUUAUUCAAUUUCGAUGCGCAUGAAGAAGACGGUGCAAACAGCGCAAGGCGUCACCUCGAAGGUCUACUUUCGCUUAACCGCUUUUAUGGAAAAAACAUUUCCCAGCUCCAAAUUGAUUCAAGAGGGCACAAUAAUGAGAUACUAUAUACCCUAUCAGAGCACCACUUUGGGCACUUUAUUUAAGGUUCUGCGCGUGAAUUCAUUUCAGCUGAAUAUCGAUAGUCUUACGAUCACUAGAAUCAACAUGAAUUAUAUAUUCGAGUUGAUAGCCGAUGAUGCGCGUAAAUCCAAGAUCAGCUGCUUGAAAAUGUCAUCGGACGGCUCAGCGCUGAGCUCCGGACGCUCCGAGGAGGAAUUGGAGCCGACCAACUACAACUGGUUACGCUUCAAAUGGAUGUUUUGGAAGGACUGCUUUAUGCACUGGAAUACGCGUUGGGAGUUUCUUGUCGCGCUGCUAAUGCCGAGCCUUUGUGCGCUCAUCGUGAUCAUAUUGCGGUUUAAUAUUUCGGCUGAGCACAUAACAGCCAUGCCGUUUAGAAUCGAGGACAUUGAUGCAAAUUGGAAACGGCUGUUGGACAUCAUUGUGGGACGUCAGAGUGCAAUUGAAAAAUAUUUGGGCGCUCCUUCGUACAAUGUGUACGCACCACAGCUGGUGAUCGCCUAUGCGCCAGAUUUUGAGGCAAUCGUUAAUAUUAUGGCAUUGACGGACAGACUACAAUUAAGAAGUGAUCAAUAUAUUAGUUUCAAGACAUGUGAAGAACUGCGCGCGAAAAUGGCAACUGAGUACUAUCUGGCCGGCAUUUGUUUUCACGAAAGCGUCUUUAAUAUUGAAUCGGAAUCCAUAUAUAAAAUUGGCAUAUAUCCGAAUCGUUUGGAGUAUAAAAUUAUUUUUCCCAGCGAAUUGCGUUUAUAUAAGGAAUAUAUAGGCGAAACAUGGGACACCAGAUAUUUAUUUCCGAAUGUUGAGAAGCACGAGCGUCACAUGGGUUUCGUGCCGUAUUUGGGUGAAGGCUUCAUUUUGAUACAGAAAACAAUUUCCGAAGCUUAUAUUUAUUUGACAUGCAACAAAUCGCUGAGCGAUGAAUUAUUUCUGCGCCGUUUUCCAAUAGCCGAACACUAUUACGAUCCACUUUCCGAAGCGUUGGAGCUACGCUUAUCGCUGGUAUUAGCUGUGGCAUAUAUUUGUACGCUCCUGUAUUUGCUAAGGAUCCUAAUCAAUGAGCGUGAAGCCCAAUUGCAUUCGCUUUUGGCGAUUUUCGAUGUGACCUACUUCAUACAAUUCUAUAGCUGGUUUGUCUUCUCGCUGAUUUCUAUAUCCAUUAGCACCACUUUGCUGCUAAUAAUUUUAAAGAUUCCUUGGAACAGUGGUUUCGGUGUCUUCAGUAAAUCUUCGUACACUUGCUUAUUUGCACUCUUUACCGCGUUUAAUAUAAAUACGCUCAGCUACUGCUAUAUGAUAUUUAAACUAUUUCGUAAUUCUCAUAUGGCAAUUUGCGCUGCACCCAUUAUCUGGAUUAUGUUGUAUGCACCAUUUGCCAUUGGCAAUCACACGUCACCGUUGAGCGAUGUUUUACAUCCAUACAUAUCUUUACUUGGCAAUACGGCAUUUGCAUUGGCAUUGCAAAAUCUAUUUCGACUACAAACUCACGAUGGUUUGAAUUGGUCGAAUUUCUUUAGAGAGGAUGGUCAUUCGGUUUACUACAGCAUUGGCUCUUACUCUUUGAUAAUGUGUGGUACGAGCAUAAUUCAAGCUUUGAUUGGCAUAUUCGCACCGAUUAUUGGACGAACUUUGAGCAAACUGGCGAAAGUAUUUAAACGCAAGCCGCAACGCAUACGUGUCAGCACAGAUAGUAAUCGAUUUUCGAAAACCAUCAUAUUUGAAGUUAGAGCAAAUUAUAAAGCACCCGCCGUGGAUGUGAUGGCACUCACAGUGCAAGUCGGCGAUACAAUUAUUAUUGAGGAUCUUUCAUUCAGUUUGUAUGAGGAUGAAAUCACUAUGCUGAUGGGUCAUAAUGGUAGUGGCAAAACCACAUUAUUAGAAGUUAUCGCCGGUUUUAAGCGACCGACAUCGGGCAAAAUCGAUUUCAAGGGCGAUACUCUAAAUAAAGAAUACGGCAGUCCACGCGAUUUUAUCGGUAUCUGUUUCAACGAUUCGCUGCUCUUCUGCAAUCUGUAUGUGAAACAUCAGCUGAUGCUAUUUGGCCGUUUGAAGGGUCUAAAUCCAACUGAUCUAACCAAAGAGGUGCAUAAGUAUUUGGCCGCUUUAGAGCUUGAUGGCGAACAGUAUACGCUUACUGAGAAUCUGACAUGUGGUCAGAGAACCAAAUUGGCUGUUUCUUGUGCGCUUAUCGGUGGCAGUAAGAUUGUGCUACUGGACGAUGUUGUGCUGAAAUUGGAUGUGUGUGACUAUAAACUUAUUUGGAAACUAUUGGAACGUGAGAAAUUUGGACGUGUAAUAUUGGUAUCGACAAAUUUAAGUCGUGAACCGGAGUUACAUGCAGAUAACAUUAUUAUGUUGGCUCAAGGACGUUUGAGUAGCUCCGGAACUGCGCAGUUUCUUAAAUCCAUGUAUUGCUUUGGUUGUCAUUUGCUUAUAUCCAAAUCUGAAGAAUGUAAGUCGGAGGAGGUUACCCAGCUGCUAAGUCAAUUCAUACCGGACAUUGUGGCCGCUUGUGACCUUGUGCUGGAAUUAUCCUAUCACAUUGAAUCGUCUAACGUUGAAGUGCUCGAAACUGUGAUCAGGGCGUUGGAAAACGCCAAGGAGGAACUAGGCAUCAUCAAUAUAACAAUAAUCGAGACACCAGUUGAGGAACUCUUUUGUAAGCUGGGUGCUGAGCGACCCGCAUACGAUGACCGUAAACGUUACUAUAGAAUUUUCAAUGGUCAGAGCAUUGUUACCGAUGACCACAAUGAAGAAGCACUUUUCAUGAAAACAAAUAUACAUCGCAAUGUCAGUUUCUAUCAAAAGUUAUAUAAUCAAUGGAUUGCAAUGUUUUACAAACUAUUCAUAAUUAAUAGUACAUACUAUAUUCUGAUUGCUACAGUGCUACCGAUAUUUUGCUUAUUUUUCUGCGCAACCCUUAUGAUACCUUAUAUGACAAUAGUACCGGUUUUGGAUAAUGGCAUUACUGAUUACAAAGAGGGAAUUACACUGCUCCAUAUUGGCGCGGAGCCCGACAGUGCCGUGCAAUCCUUUGUCGAAACCUAUAAUCGCUAUAUGUAUUGGCGGAAUAGUAAUAUAAAGAUAAGAAACAUUAAACAUCAAUACAUUAAUGAUUACAUAAUGAAUCUCGAACGCGAGGGGGGUCAAAGUCAUUUAAACGUAAACAUGAUACUUGGCUUGUCCGUACGUAAUCAUGUGAUUGGCUGGUUCAAUGGUUAUUUGACAAAUGUCGCACCGAUUCUUUUAGACAUUCUGCACAACGUGUACCUUUGGGACCUGCUGAACACGACUAAUGCUAAGCUAAACGUUUCCUUGGAUUUAUUGCCACCAGAGAGUAAUGUCAACAUGAGAGAGAUAUCUCCAAUGCGUUUCAAUAUGGGCAGCAGAAUAGCGUUCCACAUGGCGUUGAUCAUGUGUUACUUGUAUUCCGUACGUUCCAUCAAUUUGGUCUCGGAACGCAUAAGCGAAUUUGAAAGCUUACAGCGUUUGUCUGGUUUGGGUGGAAUUAAUUAUUGGAUAUCCAUAUUUAUUUUUGAUAUAAUCAAAAUUUGCAUUGCUUUGACAAUUAUCACGUUCUUGGGUUGGUUGGUGUUGCCGUCAAAAUAUAUAACACCGCUACUUUUCCGCUGGAUCUUGGGUUUACUGCUGCUGGCGAGCACUGCUGUGGCUAUGACAAACUAUGUGCUGAGUGCGCUAUUUUUUAAAAACAGUUUCGGCGCAUACUUGAAAAUCACCUCAAUACAUGUUAUCGGCAUCGUGUUUUUUAUAGUGUUUUCCAGAGACUUAAGACCCCAUGCCGAUAAUUUACUAUUCAUACCACGAAUAUUUCCAUUAUAUUCAUUUUGCCGAGCUAUUGAGAACCUCUACGACUUUAAUGUACGAAGUCGCGUUUGCAAUGUGGAAAAUAUAAAUAUUGCUUCGGUGGUUUUGGGCCGUUGUCAAAGGAUUCCCAACUGUUGUGAAACACCUAAAAUUUCGGUAGACGAAGAUAUGUUUUACUUAUGGAUGAUUAUAGCUAUCUCCUGGUACAUAUUAUGUAUAUACGAGUACAGGUAUUUCUUCACGGCCAACAUACCGUUUGACAACUACGAGCGUGCAUUAGAAGAAUAUAAGCGACGGCAUGCUAGUGACGCUAACGAGCCGGACAAUGUCACAGCCGAAGCCAUACACGUGCAGACACUGCGUCCCCGUUUACGCUAUUACUAUUCCGUAAUUUGUGAGAACUUGGGUUAUAUUUGGAAGGGCAAACUUUUGGUGGAUCGACUCUCUUUCACAAUUAAACCCGGUGAAAAGUUCGGCAUCAUCGGCACUAACUGUAAUUACACUAAUGCUUUGCUAAGACUUAUCGCGGGACAGUAUCAUCCAAGUUUUGGACGCGUCUGCAUUAAUAGUGUACAAAUCACGGAAGAGCGUAAUAAAGCACUCGCCAAUAUCGGUUAUGUGCCCACGGUGGGUUUCGUACAGCCGCAAAUGACUUGCUAUCAGGUUUUGAAGACAUUUUGCAUACUAUAUGGCUACCCACGUCAUCAAAUCAACGAUAUCAUUGAGGAUUUCUCCAAACAUUUUGGCUUACACUCACAUUUUCACAUGCGUUUGUCACAGUGUAGUUCGGGUAUAAGAGAACGCAUUUCUUAUUCCAUAGCGAUCUUAAAGAAGCCCGCACUCUUGUGUAUCGGCAACUUCAGUUGGAGUGUGGAUCCGCAUGGCAGACGUCAACUGUAUCGCCUGAUCGAUGGCUUGCGUAAACGUGGCACAGCCAUAGCGAUUACAUCCGUUAUGAACACUUAUACCGAGAUACUGUGCACAAAAAUUGCGGUCAUGCACGAAGGUCAGUUGUUGCAUAUCGGUCGACCGGAGCAAGUAGCCGAAGCGGUUGUAGCCGGUUACUCGGUUUCGAUGCGCAUGAAGAAGCAGGUGCAUACGCCGCACGGCGUUACACUGAAGGUGUACUUCCGCUUAACUGCUUUUAUGGACAAAACAUUUCCGAAUUCUAGAUUGGUGCAAGAGGGUACUAUUAUGCAGUUCGUCAUUCCAUAUCACAGCACGACGUUGGCUGUUAUAUUUAAGACAUUGCGCUUGAAUUCAUUUCAGCUGAAUAUUGAGAGUUUGUCGAUCACUUCGCUUAAUAUGAAUUACAUAUUCGAACAGAUAGCUGAGGAAGCUACGAAAUCGAGGUCCACUUAAAUAGUUCUCUUGAAGUUGUGUUACAAUCAUAAAUGUGCUUAUAAUUCGGUUUCUAAUAUUUUAUUAUUAGAUGUUUUUUUCGUUUAGCGUGUUUUGGUUUUCUAUAAACUUUG